AUGAACAAGACUCUGAACAGCAGCCAGACCCUGGCAGCAAACUGGAGCAGCCCCGGGGUGCACAUGCUGGGCACGGCCCACUGGGUGCUGGGCGCCCUGGUCAUGUUCACCUGGGUGGGCAGCCUCAUGGGCAACGGCCUGGUGGUCUGGCUGCUGGGCUUCCAUGGGCAGAGGGGUCCCUACAAAGUCUGCAUCCUCCACCUGGCCGUGGUCGACCUCCUCGUCCUCCACGCUCAGCCUAGAAAGCAUCCCACUGGGGUGGUGAGGACGGGGGAGCACUUUGCCCAGGUGGCUGGCCUGAGCCUGCCGACGGCCAUCAGCACGCAGCGCUGCCUCUCUGUCCUCUUCCCCAUCUGGUACAAGUGUCACCGGCCCCGGCACCUGCCGGACACGGUGUGCGUCCCGCUCUGGGCGCUGUGGCUCCUGCUGAGCACACUGGCCUAGGUCUGCAGCAGGUUCUGGCACCGGGACGAAUGGCAGUGCUUCACGGUGGACUUGACCGUCAGCGUCCUCAUCACGGGGAUCUUCACGCCUGCGACGGCCACGGCCAGCCUCACCCUCUGCACGCAGGUGCAGAGAAGCUCCCAGCGGCGCCGGCCCACGCGGCUGUACGUGGCCAUCCUGGCCUCCGUCCUGGUGUUCAUCUGCCUCCUGCCCCUCGGCAUCUCCGGGUUCCUCCUCUACUGGCUGGACCUGCCCCAGCGGAUGAAGACUCCGUUCAGUCGCUUCGCCCGCCUCUCCCUGUCCGUGAGCAGUAGCGCCAACCCGGUCAUCUACCUCCUGGUGGGCAGCUGCAGCCAGUCAACUGUGUUGCCACUGCUGACCCAGCUCCCGCUGGCCACGCACGGGUCAUGA